UCACCCACAAUAGCAGAACGGGUUUGUCCGCUAAUCUGCCUUUCAUAUAAAGGUCGGAUACACCUGUGACCACGCCGUUAGUUCAUUCAGGAGCUCACUUCACAUUAGAAGAAGGAACAGGCAGAGAUGGCUGCUACUACAGCACAGUCCAUGGGGAGCCUGCCCAGCGGAGUGGAGAUAUGCACAACGGCUCCGGAUAUAUUUUAUCUGCCCGAACUGGUGUUUGGUGGUCUGGUGUGGAUUCUGGUGGCAUCAACUCAUGUGGUGUCACCAAACCCUCUGGGAUGGGUGAUGUUUGUCUCUGUGUUCUGCUUUGUCAUGACCUUCCUCUGGAUGGUCGUCUUUGCUGCUGGAGGUCAUAAAAGCAGUUCUGGCUGGGCUGCCGCUGACUUCAUUUACCAUGGAUUGGCAGUGCUCUUUUACCUGAGUGCAGGGGUAGAUUUGGCAUUCAUCACAAUUGUGGUGAAACCAGUAGAUUUAAGAACGUACCAGAUUCUUCUUUCUGCUGUGGUUUUUGCCUUUGCAACCACCCUGCUGUACUUUAUCCACGCCAUCCUCUCUGCCAUCCGAUGGAAACAUUUUUGAAAGCAUCAGAGAGAAACUACUGGAUGGUGUCUGAUGCACAUUGAAAAACAUAGUUGUACAUGCGUGUGCCUGAGUGUCUGCAUGUCUGCUGAAAAUGGCCACUUAAAACAAGGUGUGGGACAUACACCUUAUGUUACUGCACUCAUUGUGAAUCCAUUACUUAAUUUGUUUAUGUUUUCAUAUAAAACACGAAGAGGUGACUUUCUGCACGAAGAACCAAAAACUGCUUACAAAGACAAAAUGUUAAAUUCUUCUGUAUGAAUGUGAUGCUGUAUGUAUGAAAGCAAACACUACUUUACCUUCCUUUCAAAUAGAAAAUAAACUGCUUAGAAAAGAUA